AUGAGGAAGAUCAUCGCGUGGACAGCCGAUGUGACCAGCUCGGGCAUUCCGACAGGCGCCAACGGGACUGGCCGCAACGUGCCGGAGAACUUGAUCCAGGCUUCACUCGGGGCUAUGGACAAGGCGCUGAACAAACUGACGCCGCUCUGCGACUUCGUGGCUCGCAUCGACAACUCGGGGGAGGCUCGCGGGGGCGGAAGCUCCAGCACCGCACUGGUCCUGCUCCACGUAGAAAUUCACGUCGGCUUGCCAGAGGUGCCCGCCCUGUCCGCCUUUGCCACCAUCGACGCCAAGGGCUCCUGGGGCGUGCUGCAGAACCGCUUCGCGCACAGGGCCAACGACAUCGGCGACUUCCCGCAGUCUCUCGCGCCGCUGCCCCUGGUGCGGCUGCCGGCCAAGGAGGCCGCCCUCUUCCGCCACGACCCGCGCUCGGACGAGCUGGAGCUCCGCACCGACUCGGACGCGCUCCCGGCGUCGCUCAGAGGCUUGCUGAACAACACCUUGUUGAAGAGCAGGAAGCUGUUCGACUUCGACCCGAGGAAGUUGAUGGAGCAGCCUUACCAGGACUCCUCGACGACAUCGCUGGCGCUGGUCACGUCGCCGACGUACCGGGUCACCCUCUCCAGCCACGGGCGGAGGCUGGCCGGCAUCCCGGAGGAGGCGGAGUCCUACUUCUGGGUCUUCCCGCUGAGGGACAGACACGAGGGUGCCGAGAUGAUGCCCGAGGUUCGUGUCGAGCCUCUGCUGCAGUUCCUGUUCCAGGGGGGCUUCUGCUUCUGCUCCGUGGAGGGCACCGUGCUGUCGGUGCACGCCAUCUCGCACAAGCGGGAAGAGAUGUUCCUGCAGUUUGACAGUCCGAAGCCUCUGCCAAAGAACGUCGUCGAGAAGAUGAAGAAGGGCGGUCGGUUCCACCCAGUGGCUUCUGCGUACCUUCGUCAGCGUGGCGCCACAAAGUUCUGCUGGGUGAUGCCAGACGAGAUCUUUGGGAAGGUCAACGUGGGCGGCCGGCACGGCGCCUUUGCGUACCUGAUGGAGGGCCAGGCGGGCGGGCUCCUGUUCCCCGUGCUGAGCGCCUGA